AUGGGUUCGCAACCGGAACAGAUCAAGGAGAAUGGACACCGUACCUCGGAAGAAGUGAUCGCAAAUUUGGGUUUCACACCUAUGGUCACGGUCGAUGGCCAAUGGACUGUUGACAAGGUCGUCAAGGAGAUUCCUGGUGGUGUGCCUGCUGAGGAGUCCUCGUCACCGCUUCCCUUUUUCCACAUGCUCGAACGACUCAAGACGACCAAGCGCGAAGGAUGGAGGCGGUUUGGCAUCUCUAGGGGAGAGUCUAUCGCCGACCACAUGUAUCGCAUGUCUAUGAUCUCCAUGUUCGCGCCACCCUCCCUCGCUCCCAAGCUCGAUCUCGCCAAGUGCAUGAAGAUGUGCCUUAUCCACGACAUGGCAGAACUCCUCGUUGGCGACAUCACCCCCGUUGACGGCGUCCCCAAACCCGAAAAGAGUCGACGCGAAUCCGAGACCAUGGACUUCUUGACAAAGAACCUACUAAGAAACGUCGCCGGCGGCACAACAGGCGAGGAUAUCCGUGCCAUCUGGCAAGAAUACGAGGACUCCGAAACGCUCGAUAGCCACUUUGUGCACGAUGUGGACAAGAUGGAACUUCUUUUACAGAUGGUCGAGUACGAGAAGCGCGGUGAGGGUAGACUAGACCUAGGCGAGUUCGCGUACGUCGCUACCAGGAUGCAUUUGCCGGAGAUGAAGGCAUGGGGCCAGGAUGUUCUCAAGGAGCGGGAGGCUUUCUGGGGAAGCAAGACGCAUGUUCACGGCGAGGAGGGCACCAACGGAGGUGUCACUACAGAGCGAAAGGGUCAGCAAGAUGACUACUACAACAAAGCCUAA